CACGUCAAAAAAAAGACAAGAGUCACCUUCUCGGGUAAUAAAAAAAAAGUUUGAAGACAAAUAAUCCAUUGACUCUUUAUAUUAUAUGAGUUUUUAUAUUUUUAAUUUCAGGCUCUGAUCGCUCGAGACAGCAGAUUUUAAAGUUUGUGGCAUGUCAGUGCGCUGUAAGUCCUAGGUGAGGAUAACAGUCCAGACUGUUUAAAGAUUUUUUUUUUAUUGUACAUGCUCUUAUUUGACUGGACGCAGGAGCGGAGACUUAUGACAUUGCGCACAGACAGUGAGCGGGGCUGCAAAUGGGCGGCAUAGGUGGCAACCUCUACCUCAGCAUGUUGAAUGGGGCUGAAACGCAAACUUUCGGAAAGAACACCGACAUCAGCAGUCACCUCCACCGCGGCAGCAAGGAUCUAGCCGAGUUUAAAAUGGGGAUUCAGGACGCGAGAUUUUACUACCCGGACUCGGGUACUCAGGACGCUCUGCCUCUGCCGUACCACUCGGAUCAGGCGGUGGGAGGGUACGGAGCGCAGCCCGGCAGGUUUUACGCACAGACCCUCAGCAGCUGCCCGUACGGCGCCGUACGGUCGCCGCCAAGAAGCGGAGCCGGGCAGGGUUACAUCCCGACGGCAGGAGACGGGUUUCCUACGGGCGGUAAAGACGUGUACUCUCCGUCGCCGGAGAAUUACCCUGCCAGCUUUCAGCACAGUUACCAGCGGUCGUCUCUCUAUCCUUUACCUGGGCUACAGGUGAGCGGGAAGACUCAGGCUCUGCUCAAUAACUAUCCGCUAUGGGCCAAGUUCCACAAGUUCCAAACCGAGAUGAUAAUCACCAAACAGGGGAGGAGGAUGUUUCCCUUUCUAAGCUUCAACAUCAGCGUUCUGGAGCCAUCUGCCCACUAUAACAUCUACGUGGACGUGGUUCUGGCAGAUCAGCACCACUGGAGAUACCAGGGUGGCAAGUGGGUCCAGUGUGGGAAAGCAGAGGGUAACAUGCCAGGGAACAGGAUGUACAUGCACCCUGACUCUCCAAACACAGGAGCUCACUGGAUGAGACAAGAAGUGUCGUUCAGCAAACUCAAGCUCACCAACAACAAGGGCAGCACCAACAACGUGGCACAGAUGAUAGUGCUGCAGUCGCUCCACAAGUACCAGCCUCGUCUCCACAUCGUGGAGGUGAAGGAGGACGGCUCGGAGGAUCCCUUCCUCUCAUCCAAAGCUCAGAUGUUCAUCUUCCCGGAGACUCAGUUCAUCGCUGUCACUGCUUAUCAGAACGCAGAUAUCACUCAGCUGAAAAUAGACCAUAACCCCUUCGCUAAAGGUUUCCGUGACAAUUAUGACACGCUGUACGCUCCUCCCGACUCUGAUCGCCUCACUCCCUCCCCCACAGAGAACCAGCAGCUGCUGCCAGGGAGCUGCUACCCCCAGGGCUACCUCUCUGAGCAGUACAUGAGCCCCCUGCCCCAGAGCCGCUUCUACGGCCGUGAGCCUAUUGGCAUGGGCCAGCAGCACAAAGACCCAUCCUCCAGCCCCAGUCCCCACAGCCGCUGGUACCUGCCACCUCAGCAGGGUGUAGCCCCCAACCGGCUUGACUUCACUUCCUCCUAUGAGGGGGACUUCUCUGGAAAUAGUUUCUACAAGCCCUUCCCCUUGCAGACAUCCGCUCACCAUGCCCUCAGCUACUACCCAGACCAUCCUUUUGCAUCUACUAACGUGUCUGUAUCAGCAGCCACCUCAGCAGGCUGGAGCACCAGCCGGCCCACCCCUCAGUACCUCAGUCACCCCAGUAAACCUGGCCCCAGUCUGGGGUGGUUUAGACCCAUAUCUUCUUCUUCUUCAUCCUCAUCUUCUUCCACGUCACCUGGCAACCCCAGGCUGCAUCCUUCCUCGCUCCUCGAGCCUCUGCAAGCGCCCCUUCUGCAGGACAAGCCCAAGGACACUGUGGCAGUGGUGGGAGAGGAGCCCUGGCUCGAACCCCCCUCUGUGAAAUCAGCAGACUCUGCAGACUCAGGCCUGUUUGAGGGCAGCGUGGGGGACAACAAGAAGAGGAGAGUGUCGCCGUACACAUCCAGCACUGAAAACUCCCCACCUCCACGCAGCGGGGACGUCUGCGAGAAGGACAGCAACAGCAAUGCAGACUACUAUGGCUAUUACACCCAUUGAAGACCUCACACAUCGCCACAGUCGCCACAGCCUCUCCUAGCGUCUUCCCACACCGCCCUCAUGGACACUUAUCGGUCUGUCCAGUCAGGUUCAGGUACUGCAGACAAAUGCCAGAACCACAAAAUAGGACAUGCAACCUCACACAGUGUGGCUAGCCUCUCUUCAAAGUUACCUUUCAAAGUGUCAAAUGAUUACAGGAGGAACUUUCAAGGUUACUGUCAAACUUCGGGUUGAACAGGAGUGGAUGUGACUGGGACACUGCCCUAAAGUCACAUAAACACCAAACAGACAUACAGACCUGUGACUUAAGCCUUUCAAACAUCUGGAGAUUAAAAAAAAAAAAAAAAGAAAGAAAAAAAGAUCUGCAUAUCUGCUUGCUGACAGACGCCUGCAGGGAUUGUCUGUUCUUUCUGCAUCAAACUCUUUGUCUCUUUUGCUCUGUCUUGUCUCUGUCUGUCUCUGUCUCUUCCUUCUCACACUCAGCCAUUCACACAUACUCUAAAUAUGCUCACGUUCAUUUCCCCAGAUCACUGUGGGCACAAAUUUCAUUUAACUCACACAGUCUUCCCCAUAACCUGGCCCAAGUCAUUUACUGCAGCUCCCACUAGUGGCGACAAGGGGGCAUUGCAGGCUGACAGUGCAGAGGCCAGGGUGUCUGAGUGAACUAAUGUCAGGGUGUUAAGAGAGCUUAGCAAGCACAUGCUCUGAAGUAAGGCCGCUAAUCUGUCUCAGCCCUGCUAGGAAAAUCUUUUUUGUGUAUUUCUACAUGUGAGUUGCUGUUUUUAAAUUAAAACAUGAAUCUCCACAGCUGCAGGCAAUCCAACAUAUCUCACGAGUUUAAAGGACCAUUGAUGGAAAUAACUUCAGAGUAAUACUUAAUAUGAAUACACAUAACAGCUCUUCAAAGUUGCUAUGAAAUAAUGAUCUGGGAUUAUAGUUUACGUUGACUGCAGCACACUGCCCAUCUGGGUAUUCACAGGAUAAAGCAAAGACAUCAAAUCUAUGUCUGGUUGCACUGUAAUGUUAUUGAAUCCCACAGAGAUGGGUAACACUGAGAUGCUGGCUAAUAUGAUAAAAUCAAAAUGGGGGAAUUUACAGAAAAAAUAAUAAUAACAGCAUGAAAAUCACUUUCAAGCAAACAGUUGCAGCUUCCAGCUUCUCAGAUCUGGGGAUUUGUUGAUUUUCUUUGUCAUACAUGUGAGUAAACUGAGUAUCUUUAGGUUUUGGUCCGUUAGUCGGACAAAACAAGAGACAUUUGAAGAUAUCACCUUAGGCCAUGGGAAAUUAUAAUAUUUAUAAUUAUAACAAUUUACUACUUUCUGAUAUUUAUAAACAAAAUAAUUGAUCAGUUAAGCAAGAAAAUAGUCAACAGAUUAUUUCAUAAUGAAAAUGAUUAUGAGCUGCUUGAUAAGAAAAAUAAUCAACAAAGAUCCAUUUUACUUGUUUCCAAAGUUUUCAACCUCAGCUCAUGGGCCUCUUCAGUGGAUGGAGUUGCCUAGUUGUCAUGGAGAUUUAGUUGUUGUUAGGUGACUGAAGUGUGGAACUGGUCAUAAAUGGGUCGUGAUGUUAAUCUGUCUUUGUUCAGAGAUGGUUUCUGGGAUGAUAUGCGGGUGUUCUCCUUGAACUCUCUCUAACUGUACACUGAGUCCUGGUCAAUGACCUCCGACCUCCUGCAGACAGCUGAUGUUGCCCUUUUUGGGUUGGUCCUGUCUUUGAGGUUUACCAGCAGAGAUCUUAAGGUGUUGAAUGGUUUGUGGUAGCUGCUGACUCGUUGUGACUUAAGGAUUAUGCCUAUGUGCUCUGAGAGCAAAGCCAUGUAAAGGGGGGUGGGGGGGGGGGGGGGGGGAGGGGGCACUGGAAGGCGUUCAUAGUCUUUCACUUGGCUUUUGGCGAGAAAAGUUGUGUGAAGAAUGAAAAAAGAGAACUAGAGAGAGCAAGCUGACUUUCUCACCUCCACCCAGUUGACCAACCACAGCAGAGUGGGUGCAAAUGUCAGUUUGUCAGUUUCAGAAAGUUACAGAUACGUGAUGGACGCUGGGUUGCAUCUUUAAAUGCACACACAGACACAAUCUCCACCAGUGUACGUGAACAAAGCCCACUGCUACUCAAGCUCUAUAACAUCUUAGUCUUGUUUAAAUGACAUAAAGUGCACUUGGGAAUCAUCAAUAAAAAUGAUGCAGCUGUAGGCUCAUGGAAAAACAAAGCACUAGGACUAAUGAGGCGUCCUGCUCCUCUAUCCUUUCCCCAAACAGUUCCCAUACAGUAGGAGAAGAGCAACAGUACUGCAGACGAGCUAAAAGUGGGUCAAUCAGAACAGCUCCAUAAACCUGCAGGUAAACAGACGAGGCACUGUCACCCUCAGACCACCAUGAACAGGAAGCACGAAGUGACCAGACAGACACUCUGAAUAUCCCCCCCAGUCCACUGGCCUAUCAUGUGGUGACACUGGUUGACAGAGGCCCGGCUCCCGGCCUGGUGACAGAAAUGAAGAGUGAGGCUGCAGUCGGCGCUGAUCAGAGAUCUGCUCCUCAUUCCUCACCAGGUGUGCUAAUGGCCUCAGACAAUGCCGGGGGCGACAGACGGGCGCUCACUCGGAGAAGGAAGAGCAGGGUUACUUAAGUUUAUUCUCAAGGAGAGUUGAAAUUACUUACAUUUUUUUAAUGAGCUGAUAUAUGAACUGUAUAUAGUGUUAUAUAUUGGCUAUGCUCUGACUUUUAGGCGGAGAAAAAAUCAUUCACAUGUAGAGUCUAUUUAAGGAAAUAGUUGGACAUUUUGGGAAACAUUUGCUAAUUUGAGUUACAUGAGAUUAAAAAUGGAGCGAGAGCCGGGAGCCAUUUAGCUUAGCUUAGCUUAAAGACUGGAAACAGGGGGAAACAGCUAGCCGAGCUGACUCACCGAGAAAUAGUCUGGCACAUAACCACUAACCAACUCCUGCCUGUAGCUUCAUUCUUACCAUACAGGCAUCAGUAUUAUCAAUCUAGCUACCAAUGAGAACAGUGAAGUUGUGUCGUCUUGAUUUAUUUCAGGAAAUCUGGGGGGGUUUAGGGACCAGGGGGAGUUAACUUUGUUGAAACUCACACGUUGUGGGUCCUGUACAGGAUGAUUCAUGUGCUUUCAGACAACUUAUUUGAAUUUGGUAAGUUUUAAGCGAGCAAAAAUUAAAAUAAUGAAGGAGUUCCCUUCAUUAACUCCUCCGCUAGUUCAGACAAUUUUAGCUUUUGUUUUCAGUGUCUGGUCAAACUUUUGCGAAGGCGGUAGCGUUGCAUUAUGGGGGAUUUAUUUCAAUAUAUUUAAAAUAAAAUCCUGACUUCUGUUUGCCUUAUUGUAAGCCCUCAGUUAAACUAACAUUUAGCUCUUUUUUGAGCUAAGCUGAUUUUAUACAGUGUUGUAUCCACUGGAAGAUGAUCACAAACACGAUGCAUAUAGAUUUAAAAGCUUGGUCUUAGCAGUGAUGUUGAUGCAAAAAGGACAAACUGUCUGACAGUUCAGUCCUUUACCUGAGCAUUUAAAUACUAAAUGGUAAUGAAGUGUUAAUUUUAUGCUGAAAAGAGAAUGGAUAUACUGUAUGUUGCUUGUUUAACAUUUCCAAAACAUGUACCAUUUAUUGUUUAUGUUGACAUCUGUCAGAGAGAGAUGAUGACUCUUCACGGACCUUUAUGAAGGUAUUUAACAGACAAUUCUUGUCUCAAGUGCAAUUAAUAGAGAAUUAGUUUAGAAUUGAUGAUGGCAUUUCAAAAAAAAACCAAAAAAAAAAAACAAUGAUUACUGGCCGGUGGACAAUGUCCGUUAUUUAUUCUAUGUUCUGUGGUUUGUUAAUGUGCGACUCUCAGUGGCGUUGCACCUACAUGAGUGCAAGAUCUCACGUCAAACAGCAGCAGGAAAAAAAAAACAGAAAUGCUUUCACACACCUCAGGAACGACCCCUGCUGGAUAUGUCAGCUAUUACGAUCAACUCCAGCCACAAACCCCUGAUGUGAAAACCUUUCAUACCUCCAUGUCCCUCGAGUCCGAGUUUCCCUUGAACACACUUUUCCGUUAGUAAGAGACUAAGACUGUGCGUGGGGGCUGUAUCUCCAGAGAUUUUACUGUAAAAUAUAGAAAAAGAGGAGUGAAGAAGGGAGACAAGCAACAAGCAUGUUAUUUUUUUGUGUGUGAUCCAUGUGCACUGUUUAUGUCAAGGGAGCAAUAAUCCUCCUUUGACUCUGUCAUUGAGAGCUUAUAAAUUGCAAUGCAGAAUCAAGUAAGAGAAGGAUUUCUGAGGGGGAAACUGUUAUUUAUUAAAGGUGGCUUAAUUGUGUAAUGUACUGUUGUUUUUUUAUUCAUGAAAUUAAAGCUUACACAUGACAAA